AUGCAGCAAGAGACAAGUCUGCAGUCCGAGGUUAUGGCCUUACAAAAGGCCAAAAAUUGUUGGGAUAAGGCUGAUGCCGCUUUGAAGAGUAAUAAUUAUCGUGGAGCAAUGCUUCUUUUUCAUCGAUGCAUCUUGAUGGCAAGGGGUAUCCAUCAGGAUUGUUCUGUGGCUUUGCAUCAAAACAGUGCGGCCGGGAUCUCGCACUCUGUGUCUCUAACUACCCCACUCUCCGGUGUAAAUCAGAGUCAAUUAAUUCCCCAGCAAUUAGAACAACAACGUAUAAAAGUGGAAGACGAGAGGGCCGAGGUUACUAAAUUAAUCUCAAACUGUUACCUUGGUUUGGCAAAAUGCGUUCUCAAUGGGCAAGCAAGGACCAUAGAGGAUUAUAAGAGGGCUGCACAGUAUUGUGACAAUGUAAGUUUACAUUAAAAUAUACGGAAUUGGUUUAGGUACUCGAAUCCCACCCCGACGACCGAGUCGCUCUUCUUAUUAAAGCGGAAGCACUGGUAAAGGCCGAAAAGUUCAACGAGGCUUUAGUUGUCUUAAAUUCGUUGUCUGAAGGUAAGAAUACUCUUACCUUUUCUGGACUACUUAACUGUUUAGAUCCGGAGGUAGCGUCAUUGAUUGAUGAGUGCAAUCGAGGAUUACAGGAUAAGCGCCGUCGCCGUGAUGAAAUUAUACAAGCAAAUUUCGCACGUCAGAAUGUAAGGUUUGAGACAGAACGUUUUAUGUUGGGACAGAAGCAUAACUGAAUUUUGAUAGAAAUCGAAUCUCUAUCAAAAUAAAAUUUUUGCCAAAAGCUAAAGGCAGAUACGCCCAUGUUGACAGUGCUGAUCACGAACAUGUUUGUAUUUUCGAGUGUUCUUAGCAAUAAUUAAAAAAAAUUCUAUGUACUAUUAUGGUUUACUCUUACUUAAAUUUGAUAUUUUUUAAAGCUUGUAAAAAUUCAAAAUUCGGGAGUUCAAUUUCGUUUGCAAUCAAAUUUUCGUUAUUUUGAUGUCAUUCGAACCGGCAAGACUUCUAGUUUCGUUAUGUGGAACAAAAUCACUGGAAAUUUAUUCAAUUUUGUUGAGAAAAGUUAUGAUUAUCAAAAAUGGAAAAAAUAUGCAAAUUUUUUGUUUUCCGGAGAGGGGAACUCAGGAAAUGCUGAAAACGGACCUUUUCUACAGGGUGGGCCACUCGAAACGGGUAAGUUGUUUCUUUGAAUUUCUCCGCGGAGACUCCGCCGAUUUUCCCGAAAUUAAGAUUUUUCUGGAGCUGAGACCCGCCAUUUUUAACCGAUUGAAUUUCAAAAAAAUAUAUUUUGAAUUGACCUUUAUAUGCCUUCCCAAAGUUUCGAAGAAUUAUUUUCGAGCCGAAACCGCUAAAACUUAGAAAAUUUUUGGAAUGAUUUUGAAAACUUGGUCAUUUUUUCGAGUUUUUGGGUGAAAUUUUCUUAGUUUUACCUCAGAUAACCAUAAAAUAUUGUUGUAAAAACAAUUUUAUUUAACGAACUGAUUAUUAAUAUUUCUAUCUGAGUUCGAAAUGCCCACCUCAUCUCGCAGCACAAACUUUUAGGAGCUUUGAGAGUCGUGAACAGCUCGAAUUGCAGAUCGUGAACAUCGUUUAGCUUUAAUCGGGCUGGGCUCCAAGCCUCAACGGCUUGGAGCUGGGGUUCGUAGCCAAUUGUGUGGACUUUAUCAAUUGUUAAAAAAAAUGGUUUUUUUUUGAAAGUUCGUGCCCUCCGGUAACGAAGACAACACUAUUUUUACUUUCAACUUGCUUUAAGCAAGUUUAGAGAGAGGAUACGCAACUUUUUUACUUCUCGGUUUUACCAAAAAAAGCCAAAAAUUUUCGAAGUCCGAGAAAGUCAAUUGAAAAUCAUUCCAAAAAUUUUCAAACUUUUAGCGGUUUCGGCUCGAAAAUAAUUCUUCGAAACUUUGGGAAGGCAUAGAAAGGUCAAUUCAAAACAUAUUUUUUUGAAAUUCAAUCGGUUAAAAAUGGCGGGUCUCAGCUACAGAAAAAUCUAAAUUUCGGGAAAAUCGGCGGAGUCUCCGCGGAGAAAUUCAAAGAAACAACUUACCCGUUUCGAGUGGCCCACCCUGUACAGUAUGCCAAGCUACAGUAACCUUCUCGAUUUUUUUGUUAAAUUGUAGUAAGGGUUCAUAGACAACCAAUAUUUGAAAGUUUGGACAGCCAAUAUUUGAAAGUUUGGACAUUUAUAUCUCAUCCCAAUGCAGGGAAUUACUGAAAAACCCGCUCAAAAUUAGGCUCACGAAGAAAAUUGACGAUCAUACUGCUCCUGACCACAAUCCCCGAAUUCUUGUGUUUUCUGGAGGUUAAUUGGUGUGUGGUUUCAGAAUCCACCGCAUCACGAACCUGGGAUGAAUGGCCACGCUCUGCACUAA